AUGCCUGAAGCGCCGAGUCGACCCCGAGUUGGCGUUUCGCCAACAAAAAGAAGAGCAAUUGAGGUCUCUAUACCUACAGGCCCUUCCUCACGCCGUCCCCGUCCUGAAAAUCCGAGGCCCGAACCAUCAUCAUCACAUGUGGCAGCGGCACGACCCUCAGUUUCACGUCCAGAACACAGCUCUUCUCAUGUGUCGUUCUCAAUUACAAAACCACUUGCUGGUCUUGGGAUUCCGGAUCUGCUUCCUGUCUCAGAUACUCCAACACAAACCCUUCGCAGUAUCACUCGUGAGACUUUGAUACACCCAUCAGAUGUGACGAGGGAACCAGCACCAUCAGCACCAUCAGCACCAUCAGCACCAUCAGCACCAUCAGCGCCAUCAGCACCAUCAUCAGCACCACCAGCACCACCAGCACCACCAGCACCACCAGCACCACCAGCACCAUCAGCACCACCAGCACCAUCAGCACCACCAGCACAAUCAGCCCUACCGCGUCAAGCCCGACCAUUGGGAGACAAUGCUUUCGCACAGUCUGGUCGGUUCAAUAAGCAACAACCGAAGCCCAGACCACCAGUUCGAGAUGUCUUUGAAGACCCAGUGGAUCCCAUUUUCCUAGAGCUUCCAUUCUUACCAUCCAGUCCAACAUCUGAGGUGAUUGACGAUGAUGCUCCAGAGACACCCGAUAUUGACACUUGGAUUGAUCAACGAGUCGCCCUAGGCGCCAAAGAAUCCGACGUGCUCCAAGCUCUGCGAUGUACAAGCAUGAUCCCAGAGAUGGCUGACAAAGUCCUGGAAUAUCUCAGUGCUGGAAAGGGCAUUCCAGAUAACAUGUCCGGUGUCUGGACAGCUGAGGACGACAGCUCUCUGCAAGCAAGUGAACAUUCACAAGUGCAGCGAGCGUUGACAAAGCAUGGAGAAGAAGCGUAUAUGGAUAGGUGGGAGUAUCUCAGCAUGGCUCGACAGACAGGGCUCAUUGAUUAA